AUGAAUCCAGCAGCGAGACUGCGAGAGGCCCUGGCGGCUGAACUAAAGCCAAAGACGAUCAUGUCCUACGUCUACGACGCAAAGGACUUCCGCCUCCCAAGCUACCUCGUGGUCCCCGACAUCCUCCUCCAAAUGCACAUGAAAGUCGGCGAGGCUGCCUACGCGGUCAUCAAGGGCCUGCUCUUCCUCCACGACCUCCGCACUAAGCGUUUCAUCGCCAUGUGCCCCGAGACGCAGGGCCCGGUCUUUGACCAGCACGUUCGAUCCAUGAACCGUCUCCUCGAAUGGAAAGAACAGACCGACACGGGAGACCCGACCCUCGCCCCAGCCGCCAAGAUCCCCGGUGCUGUUAUCGGAUUCCACCUCGACCAGCUUGCCUACGACUCCUUCACCAACCUCUACAUUCAUUCUCUGCAACGGUUCUUCGCAAUUGAGUGGGCAACAUACAGCCAGCGCAUGUAUGACAUCAAGCAUGCUGCCUCUCGCCAGAUGGACCACUUCGACUACAUGGCCUGGCUGUACUGGUGGAACUCGGAGUUCAAGCCCAAUAUGAAGAAGUGGGAGAUCUACAUGGAUGAUGUGAAUCUGCCAAAUUGGGAGGACACCGUCGAUGAACUUUACGAUAUGGUUGUUGAACGUGUCGAGGACUCGGAGGAUGUGAGUGCCAUGCAGCUUGCUCGCGGUCUCUGUAUUUGCAAGACCAAGCAGCCCGAGGGCAUCACCACUCUUCCACCUGAUCCUCAUGGCAUGUUCACUCUUUGA